AUGACAACCAUUGGGGGAAUCCUCGGGGAAUCGAUCCCACUUUACAACAAGAAAAUGGCUACCAUCACCUUGAAGCGCACUGGUCAGCAAACGGUAUAUAACGCUUUGAAAGCUGGAUAUCGCCUUCUUGAUGGUGCGGGCGAUUAUGGAAAUGAGAGGGAAGCCGGGGAGGGCCUUGCUCGUGCCAUUAAAGAUGGUGUGCUUUGGAACACAUUCCAUGCACCCGAGCACGUCGCCAAAUUGGCUCGACUCCAAUUACAACACUGGCAACUCGACUAUUUCGACCUUUUCCACAUUCACUUCCCCAUCGCGUUGAAGUACGUCGAUCCUGAGCACAGGUAUCCCCCAGAAUGGUUCGCCGAUGACGGAAGCGCAACGUGGCAAGCCAUGGAGAAGUUGGCCGACGAAGGUCUUGCUAAGAACAUUGGUGUCAGCAACUUCAAUGGAUCUCUCUUGCUUGAUGUCCUUCGUUAUGCUCGAAUCCCGCCCGCAGUCUUGCAAAUCGAACACCACCCUUAUCUCGUCCAACAACCACUACUCGACCUCGCCAAGAGUAGAGAUAUUGCCGUCACCGCUUACUGCUCAUUCGGGCCUGCCAGCUGG